AUGGCGAGCCUUAUUAGACGUGCAGAGGCUGCAGGAUAUAAAGCAAUCGUUUUGACGGUUGACAUGCCAAUCUGUGGUAAACGACACACCCAGAUUCGCUACGUGUUUACCGGCUUACCGCCAAUACCUAACAUAAAGGAGGCAUUCGAUUCGAAGGAUAUGUUAGAGUUUGGUAGUGGCUCUGUGGACAAAAUUCACGAUAGAUCAGCUACAUGGGACACAAUCAUUCCCUGGGUAAGAUCGAUUACAUCAUUACCAGUAGUAGUAAAAGGAAUACUUACCGCUGAAGAUGCAAAACUAGCGGUAAAAUGUGGUGUUGAUGGAAUCAUUGUUUCAAAUCAUGGAGGUCGACAACUAGACUGUGUUCCCGCGACGAUUGAAGUUUUACCGUCAAUAGUGCUCGCCGUCGGUCAAGACGUCGAAGUGUAUCUGGACGGUGGUAUAAGGUUUGGUUCGGAUAUUUUCAAAGCCUUGGCUUUAGGGGCAAAAGCUGUGUUUAUCGGGAGGCCGAUCCUAUGGGGUCUUGCUUAUCAGGGUGAAGAAGGAGUGCAUAGAGUUUUACAGAUCUUUAAGGAGGAGCUUGAAAUCACCAUGACACUUUGUGGUUGUGCAAGUGUGAAGGAUAUUGUUAAAGACAUGGUGGUCCAUAAAUCAUUGUACCAUUCGAAGUUAUAA